UUCCCGCCGACGAUUCGCACCCAAUUCCCGACUCCCCAGCGCCAGAUUGCGAUGCUGCCCAAUUCUGACCAAGACACUGUGCCAUAGACUUCCCCCCUCCCCUCUACUUUUCCGCGGUUCUAGACGGCUCGUGAUUCGGCCAUUGACCUGGGUAGGCAGGCUCAUCUGGGUCAAUUUCCCCAUCAUAAUUGCCUAGCACGCGCCAUGAAUUUUAUUUAUUCUACAAGGGGAAAAGGACGGGUGAAACUGAAAGAUCUCACAAGUGGGGGGAGCAGAGCAAUUGCCAUAGCCCAUAGCCAAACAGCAGUAGGUCAAUUUCUCCAUGAUAAUUGCCGGUACGAGGCACGAAUUUCAAUUCAGGGACUGUAUUAUUCUCUCUAUACACUAGUAGAUGGGGGAUCGGGAGAGAAAGGACAGGUGGAACUGAAAGAUCCCACAAGUGGGAGCAAUACUAGUAGCCAAUAGCAGUUCUAGGACCUAAUCAUCUCAUGGUGGUGCCUCUUCAUGAUGCGGCCAGGCAUUAACUCGUGCUGAAUUGCAGGUGGACGGACGACAGGUAGUGUGCCUGAGAAAGUUGUGUGUGGUGCGUGCAAAAAGAUGAGAUGGGCGUAGGAGCAAGACAGAGACCAGUGGAAACAAAGGCGUAAAGCACCACACAAAGCCAUCUCUGUCUGUCAGUCACCGCGCCAAGGUGUGUGUGCUUGUGUUGUGUGGAAUCCUACAAGAGUGGAGUGGCUUGUUCCUGAAGCCGCAGGGCCAAGGGUGCAGCAGAGAUGCCGAAGAAGGGGCUCAAGAAGCUGCACGCCAAGGAUGCGCUCGACUUCUUCAACCAGGUCAUGGUGGAGCAGCCCCUGCUCCCCUUCCUCAUCCCGCUCGGCCUCUUCGCGUGGUUCGUCGAGCGCUGGGUCGUGCCCUUCUCCAACUGGGUGCCCCUCGCGGCCGCCGUCUGGGCGACCAUUCAGUAUGGGAGGUUCAAACGAAAGAUGGCUGUAGAAGAUUUGAACAAAAGAUGGAAGCACCUUAUACUGAACACAACACCUACCACACCGAUAGAGCCUUGCGAGUGGUUGAACAAACUUUUGAUUGAAGUUUGGCCAAACUACAUGGAACCGAAACUAUCAAAGAAGUUUCAAUCUACCGUCGAGAGACGCUUAAAGAAUCGAAAACCAAAACUGAUUGAUAAAAUAGAAUUACAGGAAUUCUCACUCGGUUCUUGCCCACCUACCUUGGGAGAGCAGGGUAUGCGCUGGAUGACUUCAGGUGAACAGCAAGUCAUGUCCUUGGGUUUUGAUUGGCACAGCAAAGAGAUGAGUGUGAUGUUUAUGGCGAAAUUAGCAAAACCUCUGAUGGGCACUGCUCGCAUUGUUAUAAACAGCAUCCACAUCAAGGGAGAUCUUCUACUGAGUCCCAUUCUUGAUGGCGUAGCUGUCCUCUAUUCUUUUGAAUCUACUCCAGAAGUCAGGAUAGGUGUAGCAUUUGGAAGUGGUGGAAGCCAAACAGUUCCUGGUAUGGAGUUACCGGGUGUCUCAACAUGGCUGGUAAAGCUUUUGACUGAAACAAUAGCCAAGACAAUGGUUGAGCCUCGCCGUCUCUGCUUUUCUUUGCCACCAGUAGAUCUGAAGAAACAAGCAGUUGGUGGUGUUCUUUCUGUUACUGUUGUUUCAGCUAGUAAUCUUGGCAGAAAGAGCAGAACUAAUGAGUUAGGGAACAACCAAAGCUCAAGUGGAAACACUACACCUGGGAUUCCUCUUAACAGGAGGGCACAUACAUUUAUUGAGGUAGAAGUCGGCACUUUGACGAGAAAAACAACUACUUGUGAGGGUCCAAAUCCUACAUGGAAUAGCACAUUUAACAUGGUACUGCAUGGAGAGACAGGUGUUGUCAAGUUUCUUCUGUAUGAACUGGAUUCCGAUGGUGUCAAGUAUAAUUACCUGACAAGCUGCGAGAUAAAGGUCAAGUAUGUUUUAGAUGGUUCGACAAUAUUCUGGGCUAUAGGACAUAAUGAUGGUGUGGUUGCAAGGCAUGCUGAGCAUUGUGGGAAAGAAGUUGGAAUGGUGGUUCCAUUUGAGGAGGAUAUCACAGGCGAGUUAACUGUCAGUCUUGUGCUAAAAGAAUGGCAAUUCUCUGAUGGGUCGGUUACAUUGAGUAACUCUCUGAGCAAUGAAUUCCAAUGUUCCAUUGAUGGAUCACCGAAGCUUCAGUCAAGGACAGGAAGGAAGCUCAGAGUCAAAGUAGUGGAGGGUAGGGCCCUUGCAGUAAACAGUAAAUCUGGGAAAUGCGAUCCUUAUGUGAAACUCCAGUAUGGAAAGGCUCUAUACAGAACAAAGACGCUCUCCCGUACGGCCCAACCAGUUUGGAAUGACAAGUUUGAAUUUGAUGAGAUUGGUGGUGGUGAAUAUCUGAAGGUCAAAUGUUAUAAUUUAGAUACAUUCAGUGAUGAUAGCAUUGGCAGCGCAAGAGUAAAUCUGGAGGGACUUCUAGAUGGUGCUAGCCGAGAUGUGUGGGUACCACUUGAAAAAGUAGAUUCAGGAGAGAUCAGGCUCGAAAUAGAGGCAAUACCAAAUGAUCACAACGACAGUCUGAAGAGAUCAAGCAGUAAAGUUGAAGCUGGCUGGAUCGAGCUAGUAAUAAUUGAAGCCAGGGAUCUUGUUGCUGCUGAUCUUAGAGGAACUAGUGAUCCUUAUGUCAGGGUGCAAUAUGGGAACAAGAAGAAGCGAACCAAGGUCAUUUACAAGACGCUGGCUCCAAACUGGAACCAGACAUUUGAGUUUGCGGAAACCGGAGAGCCCAUGAUCCUGCAUGUCAAGGACCAUAACGCGGUCCUUCCAACCGCCAGCAUAGGCAACUGCACCGUUGAAUACAGCAUGCUUUCUCCGAAUCAACCCGCCGACAAAUGGAUACCGCUGCAAGGAGUGCGGAGCGGAGAAAUCCAUGUGAAGAUCACCCGGAGGGUCGCAAACUCGGAAAAGAAAACCAGCCUGCUGACAGAUGCGUCCGCCCUCGGCAAAGGACACAAGAUAUCAGCACAGAUGAGAGACAGCCUGAAGAAAUGCUCGGGCUUGGUGGACGACGGCGGCGAUGCGGAGGCACUGUCGUUGGCCCUGACGGAGGUGGAGAGCGUCCAGGACGAGCAGGAUUUGUACAUACAGCAGCUGGAGCGGGAGAAGGCCUUGAUGCUGCAAAAGAUACGUGACCUUGGUUCUGAAGUCCUCAGGACAUCCUCCGGUCCUGCAAGGACCUCCUGCUAGUAAUUAGAUCAACAAAUACACUCCACAGACAAGAUGGCGAAAGUGCUAAUCAUUUUUCGCAGAACUAUAUAAUUAUAUAAUUUAUCAGCGGUUGCUUGUAAGUAAGUAGAUGGGUAGGAAAUCACGGCGAAAUCAUCACGCCCCGACGCCCUUAGGCUUUGUUCGGUUAAUCCUCUCCCCAAGAGGAUUGGAGGGGAUUGGCAGGGAUUGGUUCAUAUUUUGACUUAGAAGAGGUUUAAAUCCCCCUCAAACCCCUUCAAUCCACUCGGAUUCACCCGCAACCGAACAAGGCCUUAAAGUUGUACAAAAAUCCUUGAAAAUGGGUUGUAAAUUUUCAGAAAGAGUGUACAUGACUUGUGGUA